AUGUCCAAAUUGUUCCGCAGAAGUUUAGAGGAGGGCGACGAGGAUCCCAUUGCACUGGCAUUGGCCCCUCCAGGGAACGAGACUCCAUUGGAGCGCCAGGAGAGGCUGGCGGCUGAAGCGGAGGCCCGGCAACGUUCUGAAGCUAUCGAUGAAGAGAUCAACCGUCAGAGAAUGGAGAAGAAAAAGGGUCCAAAAUGUAUUCGAAUACUCCUGCUGGGCCAAAGUGAAUCAGGCAAAUCUACAACGCUAAAAAAUUUCCAACUGAUGAAUUCGCCCAAGGCCUUUCGUCAUGAGCGCGCAUCAUGGCGAGCUGUCGUUCAACUGAAUGUCGUUCGUUCUGUCAGACUAAUUCUUGACACCAUCACCGAAGCCCAAGCUGCCUCCAACCCUUCCUCCCCUUCAUCAGCUAUGCUGGCCAUUCCUCGACAGCGCACCGAGUCCAUAGAAUCUGGAUCAGUGCAAAUUCGAUUCAAUCCUGAACUUCUCAAGUUGAAAAUGCGACUCCUUCCAUUGCAGCAAGUGGAAGAAGCACUACUGCGCAAAAUGACGCCUGCUGGAUCAGCCGAAUUCGAAGCAACUCACCUCUCCCCUGCAACCAAUCUUCCAUAUAGUUCGCGCGCGGGCAAGUUUAAAGAGAUCGCUAUCAACUCGACUGCUCAAUGGAAAGGUGCAUUUGGGCGAUUAAUGGCAACUGCGAGGGCCAGCAUGGAUAGUGCGGCUGAUAUCGACUUCGAAGACCCUAAGGAUCCUGGAGUUAUUUUGCAUGCUUGUGCUGAGGAUAUCAUUCAGUUAUGGAAUGAUCCGACAGUCAAGGAACUUCUCAAGGCGAAAAAAAUUCGCCUGGAGAGCAUGGCUGGAUUCUUCCUAGACUCUAUACCUCGUAUCACCGCUCUACGAUAUGUGCCAACUGACGACGAUAUUUUAAGGGCAAGGUUAAAGACACUAGGGGUAUCUGAACACCGCUUUAAAUUAAAAUCUGGUCAGUUCUACACAAUCUUCGGUAAAAUGCACAUAUUCUCAAAUGGACUGUAUAAGGAAAUAUGCUACAUCAUGACUGGAGAAUAUUCGAUGUUGGCGGCGCACGUUCCAAGCGAGGUGAGCCGACUGUCUGUCUUGCAUUAUGCUUUGGUUCUAAACCUAUCCGUGACAGAGGCAUGGGUGCCAUAUUUCGAUGACAUUGACGCCAUCAUCUUCCUUGCACCUAUAUCAGGCUUUGAUGAAGUUCUGUUAGAGGAUCCUGCGGUGAAUAAAUUGGAGGAUUCAUUGUUGCUGUGGAGGCGUAUCGUGAUAAAUCCGAUUUUGAAGAACACUCAAUUGAUAUUGUUCCUCAACAAAACUGACCUUUUGAAAGCUAAACUUGAUUCUGGAAUUCAGUUUGGUCAUUAUGUUACAACAUAUGGGAAUAAACCAAACGACUAUGAAUCGACGUCUCGAUAUAUGAGAAAAAAAUUCUCCAACAUAUUUACUCAGAAUAGCCCGAAAUCGCGACUAUUUUACGUUCAUCUGACUUCUAUGACUGAUUCAAAAUCCACCGAAAAAAUUUUGAUGAAUGUCAAAGAUAUGGUUAUUCGAGAUAUGCUCCAGGAGAGCAGUCUACUUUAG